AUGGCAGUGGCGCUGCCCAAGGACCUGGAGCAGCACGCCAGCGAGGCCAGAAAGAGACACGCGGAGCUGUGGAGGCAAGAACGGAUCUUCAACGCCAGGAACAGGAUCAUCGGGGGAGACACAGAAGCCUGGAAUGUUCAGGUUCGUGACCAGAAGAUAAAAGAAGCAACUGAAAAAGCUAGACAUGAAUCAUUUGGUGCUGAAAUGAGGCGAAAUGACAAAAUCAUGUGUAUAUUAGAAGACCGGGAAAGGAAAGAUAGGAAAACUCUCUGUAGAGUGAUUAAUGACUUCCAACAGAGCUUUCAGAAGCCAGAAACUCGCCGUGAAUUUGAUCUGUCUGACCCUCUAGCCCUUAAGAAAGAUAUUCCAGCCCGACAGUCAGAUAAUGAUAUUCGGAAUACAGUAUCAGGUAUGCAGAAAUUCAUGGGAGAAGAUUUAAACUUCUAUGAGAGGAAGAAAUUCCAACAGGAGCAAAACAGAGAGUGGUCCUUACAACAGCAAAGGGAGUGGAAGCGUGCCCGUGCUGAGCAGAAAUGUGCAGAGAACCUCUACUUGGACACAAGGCUGCAGUUUGAUGAGACAGCCAGACAAAUACAGAAGCUGGAAAGUACUACCAGAAAGGCUAUCUGUGCAGCUGUGAAAGAGUUCAACAGGAACCAGGCCAUGGAGUCAGCAGAAAAGAAAAAGCAAGAGAAAAAUCAAGAACAAGAGGACAACCUGGCUGAAAUCUCCAACCUCCUGCAUGGGGACCUGCUCUCUGAGAACCCACAUCAGGCAGCUAGCUCCUUCGGGCCCCACCGUGUGGUCCCUGACCGCUGGAAGGGCAUGACCCAGGAGCAGCUGGAACAGAUCCGUCUGGUUCAGAAACAGCAAAUGCAGGAGAAGCUGAGGCUCCAGGAGGAAGAGCACCAGCGAGACAUGGACUGGGACCGGCGGAGGAUCCAGGCUGCCCGCGCCGCCCUGCUGUUUGAGCGUCAGCAGCAGCGUGAGCAGCGCGGCCUGCGCAGGUCCUUGGAUAGCAGCAACCUCAGCCUGGCCUGUGAGCAGCAUUUGCAGAAAAAACAUGUGAAUGAAGUUUAUAUAAAUCAGCCCACAGGAGAUUAUUUCUCACAAUUUAAUAGAGAAAGUCGAUAAUGAAAAGGACACCCUUAAUUCUACUCAUUUAUGUAUAAAGUAUGACAACCUU